AUGACGGUAAAAGACGAUGGAGACGCGACAGCUACCGAGGAUGGCACUCAAAACACGACGAUAGUCCAGCCUGCAGACGAUUUCGGUCCAAAGUCGGAUGGUGGACACGGGAAUGAAAACGACGAAGGACCGAAAGCGGUUCCUAUAGCUCCAAGUGGCGGAAAUGGAGGUGAGUUGUCCGAGGUGGCAGUCGCGGUGAUUAUUAGUGUGACUCUUGUGGCGUUGGCGCUGGGUGCCGGAAUGGUUGCUUGUGCAUGGAGAGCUUCGAGACGGGAAGAAGAAGCCAUGUUCAUGGACCUCGGAGACGAGAGAAACUACCCCUACGGAAGAUUUGGAGAUUAUGCUGCCAUGUAG